UCCCUGCCUCUGAUUGGUUCUUAUUUGAGGAAGCUGACGGCUUCUGUCCACUAAUAAGCGCCUCCCAGCCGUUCUAAGGGCCAUUAUAAUGCAAGGGACCUCCUUUUUUUAAGCACAAAGCGAAUUUUCCUUCAUUUAGAGCCAUCUAUGCCCCUUAAAUUGCCCCCAAAGUUUGUAUAGGAGAUUUUCCCCCGGACCUCUUUUCGCCCUGGAGCGGUACGCGAUGCUCUCUCACGCCGACCUCCUGGAUGCUCGGCUCGGUGAGUUCUCAGCUCUAAACCCCGGAGCUAAACUCCACUGGAUGAAGGAUGCUGCAGAGCUACUCGGACACAGAGAAGCCCUCAAGUGUCGGCUGGGUGGCGGUGUGCCAGACCAGGGCCAUCCAGGAGACAUGGCCCCCGGUUCUGAUUCCGUGGAGGGAACCACUCUCCUGCCCGGGGAAGACAUCACCACCGUGGGCUCCAACUCGGCAGGCAUGCCGGUGAACGGCAAAGAACCCGAGAAGCAGCAACAGCAGCAGCAGCAGCAACCCCAGCAGAGUUCCGGUCAGACGGCCAGUCAGCAGAAACAGAAACGGCACCGAACCCGCUUCACACCGGCCCAGCUCAACGAACUGGAGCGUAGCUUCGCCAAAACCCAUUACCCGGACAUCUUCAUGAGGGAGGAACUGGCGCUCAGGAUCGGCCUCACGGAGUCCAGAGUCCAGGUGUGGUUCCAGAACCGGCGCGCAAAGUGGAAGAAGAGGAAGAAGACCACCAACGUGUUCCGCGCCCCCGGCACGCUGCUUCCCACGCCGGGCUUGCCUCAGUUCUCGGCGGCCGCCAUGGAGAACAGUCUGUGCUCGUUCCACGCCAACGACUCCCGCUGGGCCACCGGCAUGCCGGGCGUGUCCCAGCUGCAGCUGCCGCCCGCUCUGGGGCGCCAGCCCUCCAUGGCUCAGUCUCUGUCGCAGUGCAGCCUGGGCCACGGUCCGCCCCCCAACUCCAUGGGCCUCUCCAACGGCCUCUCGUCCAACGGCUCCGGCCUGCAGUCGCACCUGUACCAGUCGCCUUUCCCCGGCAUGUCGGCGUCUCUCUCCGGCCCCACGAACGUAUCGGGCUCCCCGCAGCUGUGUAGCUCCCCGGACAGUGACAUGUGGCGAGGGACCAGCAUCGCCUCUCUGCGGCGCAAGGCGCUGGAGCACACAGUGUCCAUGAGCUUCACUUAGUGACUUGUAAAUAAUAGUAAAAAAAACAAAAAACCCAAACAAACAAACAAAAAACGGCCACUCACCCCCCACUCCUACGCCGAGGCUCCAUUCCCUCGCCACUUAGACAACCUUGAAGGUGUGUGUGGAUGCUCUAAGAUGAUGAAAGCAAUCACACCAAUGGACACUGAAUCACGGUGGUCAUUUAAAAUAAAAAAAUGGAUUGGCAAAUAAAUCCCAUUGUAAUAAUCUCUAGAAGACUGUGGACCUUUAAUUAAAGAGGGCCUAACAAUUGUCGUUUUUAUCGAGAGCCUCUUGCAGCGCUCAUGUUGUUGUGUUCAGGUGAUCUUGUGUUAUGUCCAACGGUAAUUUAUGAAAUAUACAUUGUUUUGUUUAUUUUAGUAACAGCCUGUGCGUGGGCCCGUUGGAGCUGCAGGCAUGCACCGUGCAUGGAGGUUUCACAUGACUGUAGGUGCCCACACACACUUACACAGACACACUAUACAGUGAUCUUUCAGUCUAUAAGCCUAAACUCUGUUUUAGGGUGUUUUUGUGUAGAUAAAAAACCUUCUUGUGUGACAUGUUUUAACUUAUUGUAUGUGCUAUAUUACUUGACACAUUUCUUAAAUGUUUGAUCUUACAUCGAAAUGCAUCACACUGACAGGUUUGUACCAAAUAAAAAAAGAGCAACGAAUAAAAGUACUUUUAAAUCAUUGUCUCUAUUCCACGCGAUCGGUUUUGUGUCGUCAUUUUGUGACUGUGCUGAAGAAAUGACAAUGUCUUUUAAACCGGGUCACGCCACUUUGUUAGUGCCUAUGAUCCAAUAAAACAUGCCUAUCGUUGUGAUUAACGCUAAUAUGUUUAAUAUUAUGUUAUUGUAGUUUGCAGUGUUGCACAACGGCAUUGCAACCAGCUGAGAGCUCUACCUGAUGUUGCCCCGCUCAUGUACUGCAAACUACAAACACAAUAAUAAACAGUCAAAUUGAUCGUGACGAUCAAAAAUAACCAUUACUGUUGUAAUAAAGGCAGAAAUGACGAUACAGCUCAAGAUUAGCUCUUACCUGAUUGCGCAGAUGAAACUAAUGUUUCAUUACCUGCACUCGUCUACCGGCAUAAUUCAGUAUACACUUGAAUAUGUUUUUGCAGCCAAAAUGAUGCCGUUGAUUUGACAAAGUAUAAUAAACAUGCUCCGAGUGGUUCGCAUGUUGGCCACGCAGUCCGCAGGUCGGGAAGACUUUGGUUGGAAUCUGUGUGGAGUUUGCAUGUGCGUGGGUUUUCUCACACAUUCCAAAAACAUGCUUGUUAGUUUCAUUGGCGACUCUAAAUUGCCCAUUGGUUGUUGGACUACAUGUGACCUGUGAUUGGCUGGCGACCAGUCCAGCUAUCGGUUCCCCCGCGACCCUAUUGAGGAUAAGCUUCAUAGGGAAUUGAUGAAUGGAUAAUAAACAUUUUUUUUUAGCUUUUAAAGCAGCUGAAAACUUGAAAUUAUACAUCAGCAAUGUUACGCUACUAGCAGCACUGCCCGUAAGCUUGUUAUUUAAUUUUUGGGGGAUAACAAAACACUGAUAUUGAAAAUAAAUAUGAAUACUAGUCAACAUUUCUUUCCCGUCUUUUCUAAUAACAUAAACUUGUUUUACUGCAAAUGUCACACAGAAGCCAGACCAUGAGCAGAAUAAGAAUUUCGUUGCGUAGUAUAACUAACUACCUGUUUCACUGUGCAUAUGA